AAUUAAAUUGCACCCAUUAUCCUCAAUCUCAUUCCCCCCUCGUCCCUUCUUUAUCAUACCACUCCAUAAGCCCGUAAUUUCUACAAACCCUCGCGCUCCAAAAACCAUAGAGUUAAUCUUCCGGUAGAUGGCCUCAACUCAACCUGCCGUAGACAACGGCGUCAGCACCUCGGACCAAUUCGUCGCCGGUGAUGCAGCAGAAAACAGUGGCGAGGAAGCUGGAGCUCCCUCAGCGGCUGAGACCAAGAACUCCGACAAGCAGAGGGAAUUGGCGGAGAUUAAGGCAAAGUGGCCGGGCUGGCCAGGCUACAACGUGUUCCGGAUAGUGGUUCCGGUUUUGAAAGUUGGCGGCAUAAUUGGGCGGAAAGGAGAUAUUGUUAAGAAGCUAGUGGAGGAGACGCGCGCCAAGAUUCGGGUGCUGGACGGCCCAUUAACCUCUCCGGAUCGCAUUGUUUUGGUAACUGGUAAGGAAGAACCUGAAGCGCCCUUGUCACCAGCAAUGGAUGCCAUAAUAAGAAUAUUUAAACGUGUAAAUGGGCUGCCUGAGAAUGAUGGUGACGGUCAAACUACAGCAGCUGCUGGGACUUCAUUUUGUGCAAUCCGGUUGCUUGUGGCAUCAACACAGGCCAUAAGCUUAAUAGGAAAACAAGGCUCCUUGAUAAAAUCUAUCCAGGAAAAUACUGGUGCUUCUGUCCGGGUGCUUUCUAAUGAUGAAAUGCCAAUUUAUGCCAGUUCCGAUGAAAGAAUCGUUGAGAUACAAGCGGAAGGUUAUAAAGUUCUUAAAGCUUUGGAAGCUGUUAUUGGGCACCUGAGAAAAUUUUUAGUGGAUCACAGCAUUAUUGCCUUGUUUGAAAAAAGCUAUAAUUCACCAGCCGCAGGAGGAGGACAAGUAGACACUUGGUCUGACACAGCAAAACUACCCGUCACUUCACAGAGCUCUCUGACUGCCGAUUACCCUUUACCUGUAAAAAGGGAUCUCUAUCUUGACCGCGAAACCCAGAUAGAAUCACAUAUUCCCCCUUCCAGGCUCUCAUUGUAUGGAUCAGAACAUGGGCUUGUCAGUCAUUCUUCAGUGGCUAUAGGACGUUCUGGAGGACCUGUUGUGACUCAGAUUGCACAGACUAUGCAAAUCCCUCUUGCUUAUGCGGAGGAUAUUAUAGGUGUUCAAGGGACCAACAUUGAUUACAUUCGGCGAACGAGUGGUGCCAUUCUUACUGUGGAAGAGAGUCGAGGACUACCCGAGGAAAUUACCGUGGAGAUUAAAGGGACCUCCUCGCAAGUUCAAGCUGCACAGCAACUUAUUCAGGACUUCAUCGGAGGGCAUAGAGAGCCACUUCCUGGCAGUUACAGCAAGCUUGAGUCGAGUUUGAGGUCUUCCUACUCACAGUUUAGCAACAGCUCUUAUCCAUCCUCGACUUUUACAGGGCAGCAACCUUAUGGUGGCUAUGGCUCGUCGGGCGGCGGAGGAUAUAGCAGCUACAAUAGGCUAUAAUUUGGUAGGCUCGACUUUUUCUCCAUUUGGUCAAAUGUGCCCGUCUUUUAUUCUCAUGCAGAUUGAUCUUGGGGAGGCAAUAGGAUGUGUCUGUAGUUUGUAUUCGAUUUUGGUGACUGUUUUAAUUCAUUAUUUAGCUAAUGACUGUAUCAUGGCUUCUUGUUCGUUCAGCGGAUGGUAUUUGUUAUUUAAUUCGAUUGGGGGUUGUGGAUUUCAUUUCCCUAUCAAAUUUAAGUUAAAACCCAAAAAUAAAA